AUGAGUUUCAUUAACCUGUUUAAAUCGCUAUCGAACUUCCAGUUUCCGUAUACUCUGGAAGAGAAGCCGGUUUAUGAGAGCAACCUGUGGCAAGCUUUCAAUGGUUUACGAAAGUCAGAUUCGUUGCCGAUCACUGCUUUUAAAGCCAUCAGAUCACCGCAGAAUGAGUCGUUAAUUGCCAAUGCCAUUCAUAAAUCGAAGGUUUUGAAGAUUCCUGGGCUUUGUGGCGUUUUGGAGAUCUUUGACUCUGAUCCACAAUCGACGUUCAUCAUCACUGAACGUGUCAUACCGUUUCCUUGGGACGAGAUUGCAUCUCUGCGAAGAAAUGCAGAGUCGUUGGAACUGGGAAUCUAUCAGAUCAUGACCACUUUGCAGUUCUUGGACUCCUUUGUGCUUGGGACAAUAGGCAAAGGAUCCAUCUUCAUCGACUCUAAAGGGCAGUGGUUACUGUUUGGGCUUGAACUGUGUGCCAGAGUUACCGAAAUAGAUGAUCCAGAUCAGUUCUUGGAUAGAGUCUCUGCUUAUUCAAGUCUUGUUGGAAACUCUAGUCCGUCGGAGAGAAAUUACAGAAAAAUUGACGCCAUACAGUUGAGCAGUCUAAUCAGCCAGAUCUUUGGUGGGAGAACCAUGGUGCCCAAGGAUUGGCAGACGUCAUUGCAGGCUUUGGCCGCGGGGAAAUCAACUAUUAGAAGCUUCAUGAACAAAUUACAGUCCACGGAGACGUGGAAAUUGAACCCUUUGAUCGAAGUUUAUCAGCAUCUGAAAGAGCUUCAUAUCAAGGAGCCACAGGAAAAAUUGGUCGCAAUGACACAUCUGCAAAACUCCUUCUUUGAAAACAGAGAUUUAUACCACAACUCAUCGCCAAACUUCUUGGAAGGUUUGAUCAUUCCGGAGAUUACCGAUAUUAUCAAGUGGCUCAUCACAAACCAGGGAAACGUGGCCUCCGCAGUAGCGAGAAUCAUCCCGCUUCUAGCCACUUUCCUCGAUGUUAGCGUUGUGAAAGGAUACUUUCCUGAUAACUCGAAGCAACUAAUUUAUGACAGUUUCGGAUUAACCGAUAGACAAAUAAGGUUCCUAUUGCUGAUCUACUUGCCUAAGAUCAGCAAGCAUUUGAAUAAAAAUGAGAUUUCUGCCAAAAUUUAUCCACACUUUAUUCAAGGUAUGGCCGAUUCCGACAAAACAUUGCGUUUACAAACGCUGAAAAGUAUUCCCACUAUUGUACCGUUUAUCACCGAACGGCAGCUAAACAAUGAACUUUUGAGAUAUUUGGCAAAAACUCAAGUCGAUGUUGACGUUGAGAUCCGAACUUGGACCGUAAUAAUUAUAACGCAAAUUUCAACGCUGCUUUCUAAGUCCUCAGGAAACAGGUCUAAUAUUUUAGCCACUGCUUAUACGAAAUCCUUGAAAGAUCCUGUAACGAAGCCUAGGUUGGCCGCACUGCAUGGACUAGCUAAAUCUAUCGAUCUUUUCGACGUCAGCACCAUUGCCAAUAAGAUCUUAACUGUCAUCGCUCCAGGAUUACUAGAUAAAGACCCGCUUGUGCGACGUAAAGCCAAAAAUCUGUUCCAAAUAUAUCUGGAUAAAUUGGAAAAUGAAGCAAAGGCUCUUCAAGAAAUCAGCACUAACGAGUUCGAUGCAGAGGACAUCGAUUUUGACCAGUAUGGCGAAGUAGAUGAAAAUGCGGAUGACUCUGAGCUCGUGAAACAGUUCAUGGACACGUUAAUGCUCACUGCGAUGCCAGAACUAACUCUUGAGCAGACAAAGACUGCUCAAGAAGAUGAGUGGAGAAUCAAUGGAGAAAGAACACAAGACGCUGGGUGGGAUGGCUUACAUAGUGACAAUGGAAGGGACUUUACCAAUGCAAAGCCAGCGAAUGGUGCGAAUGCAACACCUGUUGCGGUCGAAACAUUUUGGAACGACGAGUUGAAUCAAGACUUGGAUGAGGAUGCGUGGGACGAUCAAAAUUUCUGGGAUGAAGAUGCAGCAAUCCAAGAGAACGAGGCGUCUAUUCCAACUAUGACGAACGUACCCAAAACGGCCACAAACACUACUAAAAGAUCGGCCAACAGUAUGAUAUCUUCAAAGUCUAGGGCCCAUCGCUUGAAAAGCACCGUGAACUCAACGAGACCGCAGAAAGGAAAACCUGCAGAGCGAAAAGCCAUCGAUGACGAGGAGGACGACGAUGCGUGGAUCGGUGAAUGGUAA